AUGCCAUUACUGUCGACUCUAAACUGCAGUCUUCCUCUGGAGCUGACGGACUUCAUUAUCGACAUACUCGGAGCAGAAUGGCGGAACUCAGUCAAGAACGAAUCAACCCGCGACGCCCUCAUGAAUUGUAUGCUCGCUUCACGUGCAUUUUGCAUUCGCGCGCGCAAGCAUCUUUUCCGGCGCAUUGCCACAGAAGUCGAGAAGAUCACUCCUUCUGACCUUGAACUCUUUAACGAUGCACCGCCUGGCAUGGCGCCUCCAAUAUCGUUUGUUCGAAAAAUUCGCGUCACCUUCUCAUUUAUGUCCCCAUUUUCGCGCUCAGAACUCAGUCAAGCAAAGAUCGAAGAUCAGGAGGACGACUUAAACCUGCGUCUCACUCAUUUUGAAUCUCUCCUGGAGAAAGUGGCACCGCGUCUUGAAUCCCUCUGGUUCGAGGUAGACAAGUACGACUAUCUUCCCAGCGCAAACCGGAAAUUUAUCCAGACGAUAUGCUCGUCGGCUUCGAUCACUUCGUUGACGUUUUGCGCCAUGUUCGAUUUCCCAAUGGACGCCGUCUCUCACUGCGUGAACCUCACCAAGCUAUUGCUUCUCAAUGUCUUUCCUAAGAGGUCGACUUCAUGGUGUACAGAUGGCUUCUGCAAGCUUGAGAUCUUUCAUAUGGACUGCAAAGGAUCGUCUGUCCCUAUCUUCCCUCCUGAAGCCUUUGAAAACGAACGAGCAUUCACGAAGGUCAAAGACUUGAGGUUCUGCAUGUUCCCUACCAUGAAUGGCCCGCUUCUCGAAUUCGAAAUACUGCACCGGUCCAAGAAUAUCCUACAGACUCUAUGCAUCAACACCUACCCCUUGCAGCGGAACGAAACGGAUGAAGAGCUGGACAUGAGAGGAACAGUCAACAUUUCAGAUUUGCCCAAUCUCCGCUCCCUCACCGUUGCGACCAUUGUCAAGCGCAAUGACCCAUUUACCAAGCGAUUCAGAUCCAUGUUCCUUGAACAACCUUCGCCCAACAAAAUCAGCACCCUAACACUCUAUAUUCAGUUUGACUUCAGCGUGUCUCAGUACCCUUGGCAUCCAAUACCCCUCGAAGGCGACUGGACGGCCCUCGAUGAGCUUCUCUCUGAUCGCAACAUUUACCGCCGCCUCCAAUAUUUCGACACUGACUUCACCAUACAUGUCUUUCAACGGCCCGAAGAUUUCCUCAGAGGGGACGAUGGGAUGUACAAUUAUUCGAGGGAAACUCAGGAAUUCCUUGACGACUUCGCAAGCACCAUAUUCCCUAAGGUCAAGGAAUGCUCAGCAGUCGCGUUCAAAUGCAAGACCGACAUCCGACAUCCGAAGUUUUACUGA